GGUCUCACUAUCGAAUACGUAUUUGUUCAAAAUAAAUUUCAUUUGCACUAUAAAUAGUGAAGUCGGAAUGUGUGACUUGAUACAUUUUCCAUGUACCUGUACACUAUGCAGCAGCUAAUGGCGAUAGCAUAGGGAAUUUUUGAGACGAGCAGGAAUCCAAAUUAUCAAACUACAUAUUUGCUAAGCUAUCAACAUAUAAUAUUUCUAAUCAACAUGAAAUGCAAAUAUUUUGUGAUUGCCUUGCUUCAUGUCUUAACGCGAGGUGAAAGUCAUGAUCAUCAUGAUCAUCAUGAACCUGAACAUGAAGAAUAUCUAACUAUCGAAAGAUGGAAUGAAAUUGCUGACCAAGUCAAUAAUCAUCCGGAUUCCACAUGGAAGGCCUCAAAACUCCAUUCUACUACUCACGAUCACUUUGUGGAUCCAAAAUAUCGAGUAGGUAAUUCGGGAGCAGCAGUUCCGCAAAAAUCAGACGCUGAUCCAGUCGAUCGAGCCGACCAAUGCGAAGAAAAUGGUUUACCAAAGCAAUUUGAUGCGCGAGAAUAUUGGCCCGAUUGUGCUUCAGUAAUUGGACACGUUUAUGAUCAGGGUGCUUGUGGGUCGUGGUGGGCGGUAUCGGCGACUUCUGUGUUCGCGGAUAGAGUAUGCAUCGCUUCAAGGGGAAAAAUUAAAACGUUAUUUUCGAUUCAACAAUUAAUGUCAUGUUGUCAAAUAUGCAGCCAUGGACAUGGAGCAGAUGGAUGCCACGGAGGCUGGACUGGAGGAGCUUUUCAGUACAUGAUACGUAAUGGAUUAGUAACCGGUGGAGAUCAUAAAUCGAAGCAGGGAUGCCAGCCUUAUUUAAUGCAACCUUGCGAGCAUCACAAACCUGCGAAUAGUUCGAGUAAAAGUGCUCUACCUAAGUGCUCCUCGUUCCCACUGGGAGUACCUCCUAAAUGUAAACUGCAUUGCUACAAUCAUUCGUACGAUAAGAAAUUCAAGCAAGAUGUAAUAAAAGCUGAAAAGUAUUACAGAGUGCCACCUUGUGCAGCUAUGAACGAAAUUUACAAACACGGUUCCAUUCUCGCCGAUUUUAUCAUUUUUGAAGACUUCUACACGUAUAAAUCUGGAGUUUACAAACAGUUGGCAGGAGAGAUCACUGCAAGGCAUGCAGUCAGAGUUAUUGGUUGGGGUGAAGAAAAUGGUGUCCCAUACUGGCUUGCAGUCAAUUCUUGGAAUACUAAUUGGGGAAUUAACGGAACGUUUAAAAUUAUGCGUUACGAGAAUGAAUUUUCAUUCGAAAACGGAUUAAGUGCUGUAAUGCCAAAAUUAUAAACAGGCACUGUACUUUUAUAGUGUAGCUGGUUUAAGUAACAAAGAAUUUGAGACAUUUUGAUUUUUAUGAAUGUGUUAUUAUUGUGGAUAAAUGAACAUCUUCAAUAAGGUAGGUAUACGUAUUAAAGCAAUUUUUCCAAAUAUAUAAGAAUUGUGUGCAUAA